CCCGGGAAUGCGCCAGGAGUAGGGAAGCUGAGUUCUUAUUUUUUUCCGCCCUGGCUUAUGCUUCAUUGGGGUACUCGAACCUCACGCAUCCUGGGAGGAGAGAUUGAAGAUAAGGCCUUCGGCCCGGAGGGCGGGCCGACUUUCUGUACCGCGACCAACCGGUUGGACCUGAGCCUGCCUGGCGGCUCCCAGCCGCCUGCGGACCCCCUCCGUCGCUGGGCUUCUCAUAUCCUCAUGGCGAAAUUCUGGGUCUGCGCGGCCGGCGCGGGCUUCUUUCUUGCGUGUCUGAUUCUGCAUUCGCGUUUUUGUGGCUCUCCGGUUUUAAGGAACUUUGCUUUUCAAAUUUCUUGGAGAACUGAGGAAAUUCUUUACCGCCUGGAUGUGGAUUGGCCUAAGUAUUCAGAAUACUUUACUGGCGCAACAUUUAGUGUUGCUGUUGACUCACUUAACGGAUUGGUUUACGUAGCCCAAAGAGGGGAUAACAUCCCAAAGGUAUUAGUGUUCACAGAGGACGGAUGUUUCCUACGAGCCUGGAAUUAUACAGUUGACACACCUCAUGGUAUAUUUGCAGCGAGUACACUGCAUGAACAGUCUGUCUGGAUCACGGAUGUAGGAAGUGGAUCCUACGGUCAUACUGUUAAAAAAUACAAUUCCUUUGGUGAUCUUGUUCAAGUUUUGGGUACCCCAGGCAAAAAAGGCACUGGUUUGAAUCCCCUGCAAUUUGAUAACCCCGCAGAAUUAUAUGUAGAGGACACAGGAGAUAUUUACAUUGUGGAUGGAGAUGGAGGAUUGAAUAACAGAUUGGUCAAAUUGUCCCAAGAUUUCAUGAUGCUUUGGCUACAUGGAGAAAAUGGCACAGGGCCUGCCAAGUUCAACAUACCUCACAGUGUUACAGUUGAUUCAGCUGGUCGGGUGUGGGUUGCCGACAGAGGAAAUAAAAGAAUUCAAGUAUUUGAUAAAGACACUGGGGAGUGGUUAGGAGCAUGGAAUAAUUGUUUCACAGAAGAGGGACCUUCUUCAGUCAGAUUUACUCCUGACGGGAAGUACUUGAUUGUAGGCCAGCUGAAUCUUAGCAGGCUCUUAUUUGUGGCAGUGCCCCCAGUAGGAAGCAUCGGCGACUGUUCUGUGAUCAGCACAAUCCAACUAGCGGAUCAAGUUUUACCUCAUCUCUUAGACAUCAGCAGGAAGACUGGAGCAAUCUAUGUAGCAGAAAUUGGAGCAAAACAAGUGCAAAAAUAUGUCCCUUUGAAUAGCUUUUUCUCUUCAUUCGGUUCAUGAUGUUUCUUUUCCUGGAGAUCUUUCAAGUGGAAGUUCAGAUUCUCAAAUUCAUUUUUAAGUGCUUGAGAAUAAUGUUCAAGCACAAGAAUUUAUUUGUACCUGACCUAGUAUCAGAAACAUUUGUUUUUAUAUCAUUAAGAAUCAUAUAUUUUAUUGCCAUUCUUGUGACUUAACUUUACUUGUAAGUGCAUAGGGAUAUUUUAACGCAAGAAAUGUAACUCUAAAAAAAUGGGAUCAGAAAGAAGGACUAAGGUUGUAACCUAGUUAUUUGCCCUAGUAGGCUAAUUCUUCCUAGGGGGAAGAACAGGAAUAAAAAUGGGUUUGCAGGGUAAUGGAUAGAAUUUCAUGUGAAGAACUACAAACCUCCAGUUUUUUCACCUUGUAUAAAAUGAACUGCUUGAGAGACUGAGUCAUAUGGGCUCUUGAGUAAUGAGUACCCACAGAGGGCUAGUCCUGAAGACUCAGAAAUGAAGAUGCAGGUUUGUCUGUGUGUGCCUUUUGAGUAGCUGAUAGUCCAAUGGGGAGACAGGUGUGCAGACACAACACGGUGACAGCAGCGCACAAAUGGAGUAGGACUUUUGGAAGGAGGAGGGUUACAUCUGACUGAGGAAAUCACGGAUACUUUGCAGGAGAAGUCAAUUUGAGCUCCAACUUGGAAAACCGAGGGGGAGAAAACAGCGUAGUCCAAGUAGAGAAGUUAUAAAAAGGUAUAAACUUGCUGUGAACUUUAGUAGGCUUUCUUUUGAAAGCCCCACUUGGCUUUGGUCCUUUAGCUGUAAGCGACUUAAUUUCAACCUUUAAAUGUAGGAAUAAAGUGGCCAGUGUCUAAGCACUUGACUGAAAGGGAUCUUUACAAAUAACUGGAAUGUUUUUUAAAAGUAGUGUUAAAAAUAGGGCCUCUCCUCAAUGCCACCUUUCUUUUUUUUUUCCCUUUCCUUUUUUUUUUUUUUUUUUAACAUGAACUCAGUUCAUUCCUAACAUUUGUCUACCUCAAAGAAGUUUUGGAAUUAUUUAUCUGGGGAUAUGUGCCAUACAUUUUGAGCUAUUGAGAUGAAUAAUUUCCUACCUUUCUAUUUUUACAUCUCUUUUUUACCCCUUUGGUCUGAAUGUUGGCUUGCCAAUUAAGACCAUUUUUUCAGUUUGUUCUAGUUUAUUCUAGGUUUUGGUGGAUCCUUGCCAUAUUAGGAUCUUUCAGAUCAUUCUUCCCCUGUUUUCAGAUCAGCCUCCCUCUUUAUCCUGGAGUUUUAUUGUAAUUUGUGUAGCACUUGAGGAGUCGUGAGCUGACUUUUGUCAUCACCCAUUAUGACUGGAGUCUGUAUUCCCAGACUUCAAGGAACUCACACUUAGUGUGAUGCUUGGGUCAUCCCUUGAUGCAGUUAGGAAGGUAAAUCUGCCAACAGGAAACGGUCCUGUGUUCCAAGGCCUUGGUAAGUGUGUUUGUGCCACUGAACAAGCUGUGAUCUUACGUGAGUUGCCUUAGUUUUCUCUUCGGUACAAUGGGAUCAUCGUCUUUCCUUCUUCAGGAAUGCUGUGAGGAUCAAACGUGCAGUAGGUACACAUGUUCCCUUGGGAAUCUAUAGCUCCAAGUACAUUAAAGCCAUUUUAUUAACAAAGGUCCUUCUCAGUGUGCUGUUUACCUGAUAGCAACUAUCAGGUUUGUUUAGUUUUGCGUUUAUUGCUUUUAUCAAAACGUGUCCUCAUGAACUUUAUUCAGUUUAGCUAAUAUAGUAAAUUGAUUUGGGUGAAAGAAAGGAAUUUGAGGUUUUAUUUGUUUUGAAGCCAGGGACAGAAGUGCAAAUGUCUCUUUGAAGGAAUGCAGGUUAGGUGAACUGAUUCUGUCAUUUCAAAAAUGUUGUAUUUAACUUUGUUUUAUACCAGAUUCUUAUAAAACUUGCUAAAAAUAUUGGUUCCAUA